AUGUCUCCAGACAUUGCCAAGUGUUUCCUGCUUCUGCGGCGGAGCAGAGAAGGCCAGCCGGCCGCGCGCCGCGAAGAAGACCCCCGCGGCAAGAGGGGGGAGGAGGCGGUGACCGCGGUGGCGAUGCCCGAGGCGGGCCGCGACAGCGAGCAGCCUUGGCCGCCCGGAGGCCUGGGGUGCGGGGCGCGCGGGGAGACCGGAGGCCGCGGCCUCCAAGAGUCCCGGAAGCAAAGGAAGAAAUUUUUAUAUUGUGAGCCACAUAAGAGAAUUAAGGAAGUACUGGAAGAAGAACUUUAUAUUAAGAGAGAUGAAUGCCACAUUAAACAUCCACCUGCAGUGGUCCUGGAAGGGAUUUGGAGCAUUAAAAGGAAUCUUUCUGUGGGAGGCUUGAAACCAGGACUGCCAAGCAGAAACAGUUUACUGCCACAAGCCAAGUACUAUUCGAGGCACAGAGGGCUACGAAAAGACCUUCCAGCACACAGGCUCAGUGGGGAGGAAUCUUGCACUGUCCUUUCUUCUAGACAGAUGAUCUGCGUUUACUAG